AUGGAAAAGUGGGAAGACCAUUACAAACAGUUACUGACAGAAAACAGGACAGAAUUCAAACUAGAAGGGCCAGAUUUGAAAAACGCAAAAGAUAUAGAUGUAAAUGAAAUAAGUGUAAACGAGAUAAAGAAAGCAUUGAAGAACUCAAAAAAUGGAAAAGCUGCGGGGCCGGGAAACAUUUUCAUUGAGCUAAUAAAGCAGGGACCCGAUAUAUUAUUGGAAAUACUAGCUGAUAUCUUCAACAGAUGCCUGAUAAAAAACGAAAACAUUCCUGAAGACUGGAACCUGGCGUACAUCAGCUCUAUCUUUAAGAAAGGAGACAAAAAAAGAUCUAGCAACUACAGAGGCAUUAGUUUGACAAGCUCAAUGGGAAGGUUGUAUGGCAGGAUAUUAAAAGAGAGAGUAGAAGAGAGCUUUGAAGAAAUAGAAGAACAAGGUGGUUUCCGCGCUGGACGUUCUUGUACAGACAACAUAUUUGUGUUACAACAAAUAAUUGAAAAAAGGAGAGCUCGAAAUUUGGACACGCAUCUGGUAUUUAUAGACUUAGAGAAAGCCUAUGACACGGUGCCUUUGAAGAAAUUAUUUGAAAACUUGGUUGAAGCAAAUGUGAGUAAAACAUAUAUCAAUGCAAUCUGGAAUAUGUACAAAAAUCCAAAAAGUUGUGAGGAGGAUGCCGACUAUAUGUUCAGGAAACUUGUGGAAGAAUACGACAGAUGGGGACUCAAUAUCAACCUCACAAAAACCGAAUACCUGAAAGUAGGAGAAGAACAAACUGAAGAUCCUGAACUACAUAUACAUGAAAUUAAAAGGUGUAGCGAAUAUAAAUAUUUAGGAAGUAUUGUAUCUGAAGAAGGGAACUCCAAAGAUAUAUAUAGUAGAGUUCAACAAGAAUCCCUCAACCACGAAAGCACUAAACAACUUUAUUCAAACAGAUGCCAAACACAUGUCACUCUUAACCCCAUAGCACAGUUUGAUACUCCUAACACAGCUUGGAACAAACUGAAAGAAAACAUCUGCAAAGGUGCUAAAGAAGCUUUAAGAACACGUACUGUAUCACACAAUAGAAGACCGAACAUUAAACCUUGGUUUACAUUAAAAGUUAAGAACAUUACAAGGGAAAAGAUGUCUACAAAUACAAUACAAGAAAUCUCCAACAGCGGAGAACCGAAAUAUCUAUACCGAAAUAAGGAACGGGACUAA